AUGGCGCUCUCCCAACCCCCCGUGCGCCUCACAUCGCACAAGAACUUCGCAUACCGCCUCGUCCUCGCAACCCUGACCGGCAAACCAGUACACAUCUCCCAAAUCCGGUCCAACUCACCCUCCAACCCCGGUCUCGCGCCUCAUGAGAUCUCUUUUCUACGUCUUCUCGAAGCAGUCACCAAUGGCUCCCAAAUGGAGAUUUCUUACAGUGGUACCAUCGUCGUAUACAAACCCGGAUUGAUUACCGGUAGCGCGGCUGGGCUGGGCACGACGAGUAGUGGAGUGAUCGAGCAUGAGAUACCGUCAAAUUGUACGCGAGGGAUCAGCUAUUUCCUAAUUCCGUUGUGCCUUCUAGCGCCGUUUUCAAAGGCGCCUAUGAAUGUUUUUUUCACGGGACCUGGAGUUAUCACUUCCGCGACGUCGACGGGCGACAUAUCAGCCGAUGCGGUACGAAUGGCAAUCUUGCCGCUGUACAAGAUGUUUGGAAUAUUCAAUAAUAUCGAGCUACGCAUAAUGCAGCGCUCGAACCCAGGGCAUAAUGGGAAGGGAGGUGGAGGAGAAGUGCAGUUGGUCUUUGGUCAUCAAGUUCGUUUACCGAAGACGAUACAUUUUAUGAAUCCGGGAAGGAUAAAGACGGUUCGCGGCGUGGCGUAUUCGACUGGUGUGUCGGCAUCGAACAAUGCGCGUAUGAUUCAGACUGCGAGGGGGGUGCUGAACCCGCUGGUGCCUGAUACGUAUAUUGCAUCUGAUGCGUCGGCGGCACCGCUUGUGCCUGCGCCUGAGAAAUCGAAUCCGGGUGGGAAGAAGAAGAUUGGGUUGGGCUUUGGGUUGUUUCUUGUCGCUGAGUCUUCGACUGGGUGUUUGUUUUCGGCAGAUAUUGCUUCGCCGCCGGAUGGAGGUGUGCCGCCUGAGGAUAUCGGUAAACAAUGUGCAUAUCAAUUGUUGGAAACAAUUUCAAAGGGUGGAUGUGUUGCUCCCGCGGCUGCACCGACGAUGUUGAUGCUCAUGGCCAUGGGGUCGGAGGAUGUUGGGCGAUUACAAGUGGGCAGAGAGGUGAUUGGGGAUGAAGGAAUGGUUCAGUUUGCGCGCGACUUGACCAAGUUUGGAGCCGCUGGAUGGGGUAUUCGAGAUGCGCCGGGUGAUAAUCAUGAUGGUGAUGUGGUGAUUAGUGUUGUUGGAAAGGGCAUUGGAAAUGUGGGACGGAAGAUUGCUUGA